AUGGCACUUCAGCUUCUAGUUUUCUUUCUCUUCUUUGGGAACCCAUUGAGGCUGCUACAAUCAGUCACCGCUAGUAGAAGGAUGAUUGUAGUAGGGAACAACGAGACAGAUCGACUUGCUUUGUUGGAGUUCAAGAAACAAAUUGUUCUUGAUCUUUAUGGAGCAUUAAGUUCUUGGAACGAUUCCAUCCAUUUUUGCAACUGGGUUGGGAUCACUUGUAGCCAUCGCCAUCAACAACGGUCAAUUGUUUUAGAAAACAACACUCUCGAAGGAGAAAUUCCUACCAGCUUGGCCAACUGCACUCGUCUUAGACAAAUUCACUUAUCCAAUAACAAUCUUGUUGGGAAGAUUCCGGUUGCACUGCUUACAUCUUUAUCAAAGCUGGAGAUAAUUUCUAUUGUUUAUAAUGGUUUAACAGGAGAAUUACCAGCUUCUCUUGGGAACAUUUCUUCCCUCCAAGCUAUUUCUUUGGGUGGAAAUGAACUGCAGGGGGGCAUUCCAGAUUCUCUUGGUCAACUAACAAACUUAUACUUUCUCUCACUUCAUCAUAACAAGUUAUCUGGUAUGUUCCCUGUCUCACUAUAUAAUCUUUCAUCUCUUGAAGUCAUUUCCGUCGGCCAACUGCAUGGGAGCCUUCCACGAGAAAUAGGCCUCACUCUUCCGAAUCUCUAUGGACUAGCAAUUGGAGGGAACCUUUUCUUAGGAGAAUUCCGAAUUCCGUCUCCAACAUUUCAACACUCGAUACAAUUGCUCUCCCUGAAAACAAAGCUUCAAAGAUUAUUCUUGGGUGGAAAUAGACUUUCAAAACAAAUACCUUCCUCUAUAGGCAAUCUCACUCUUUUGUAUGAACUCCAUUUAGAAGCCAACAACUUGAAUGUAAGCAUUCCUUCCAGCAUUGAAAAUUGUCAACGGUUACUACACCUAACCCUUAAUAAUAAUAGUCUCCAAGACCCAAUACCUAAACAACUCUUUCUUAUUUCGUCCUUAUCAAUAUCCCUCACCUUAGCUUAUAAUUCUCUGGUCGGUACCCUACCAAUUGAAAUUGGUAACUUGAAAAGUCUUUCUACAUUAGAUAUCUCUAAUAACAAACUAUCAGGAGAAAUCCCCUCCUCCAUUGGUGAUUGGAAUAGUUUGGAAUAUCUUUACAUGGGGGGUAAUUUCCUUGAAGGAGCCAUUCCUCAAUCUCUGACUCUUUUGAAGGGGCUUCAAGAUUUAGAUCUUUCGCACAACAAUUUAUCAGGACAAAUCCCGAAAGAUCUACAGAAUCUUUUAGCAUUGCGGAGUUUGAAUUUAUCCUUCAAUAAUCUUGAGGGGGAGGUACCAACAAAAGGAGUCUUUGGAAAUGCAAGUGCAAUUUUGGUGAAUGAAAAUGAUAGACUUUGUGGGGGAAUUGUAGAGUUACAUUUGCCUACAUGCACAAAUCAUGGAUCUACAAAACGAGAAAAAUCCAAUGCUCUUAGAAUAGUUCUGGUGAUCAUCGGUGUGGUUCUUGGUUUUCUUUUGAUAUUUUCCUUUCUUAUUAUUGUUUGGAUAAGAAAAUAAAAAAGUAAACCUCCAUCCACACCAUUAAUCAGUGAACCUUUCUUAAAUAUUUCUUACAAAGAGCUCUUCCAUGCUACUAGAGGGUUUUCUUCAGCUAAUUUUAUAAGUUCCGGUAGUUUUGGCUCUGUAUACAAAGGGAUUAUCAGCCAAGAUGAAACCAUUGUCGCAGUAAAGGUACUCAACCUUCAAAAUCCAAGAGCUUACAAGAGCUUUAUGGCUGAAUGCAAAGCCUUAA